GCCCGUUGGCUGCAUCUCUCGUGUGCCUUCUGUUUGGCUUAAAGCCUUGAAUUGAAGGUCUGUUUCUUGUUUCUCUCUUUGAGGCUAUUGAGGGCUUCCUCCAUCAAUCCAAUCCCCAAAUCCCCCCUUUCUAUUUGGCGGCUAUCUUUCUUUCUUUCCCUACAAACCCCUUUAUUUACAGAUUCAAUGUUACAUCUAUUCGUCUUUCUUAAUCUUCAAUAGGCCUGUUGAGCCGCCUCACAAACCCUAGAUCCAGCCAUCGAUAUUCUUCAGGGUUUCCUUCAUUAACCAUGGUUGGUGGUGCUACUCAUCAACAACCACAGCCGUCUCAAUUGCCUCCUCCAUCAUCGUUGUCCUCAAUCGCUCCUGCACCCACGACGGAAGAAGAGGAGUUCUUGAAAAGGAACACCGAUUGUGUUUACUUUCUUGCAUCUCCCCUGACCUGCAAAAAGGGAAGUGAGUGCGAGUAUCGUCAUAGUGACAUUGCACGGGUCAACCCCCGGGAUUGCUGGUACUGGUUAAAUGGAAAUUGCUUAAACCCGAAAUGUGGCUUCCGUCAUCCUCCACUUGAUGGAUUGUUGGGGGCUGAAGUUCCUACUCCAGUGGGACCUUCUAUACCUCAGGCUCCGGUAACGCCUACACCACCGUAUGCUAUGUCCAAACAAGGCGUUGCCUGCAUUUUCUUCCAGAAAGGUUUUUGUUUGAAAGGACAUUUAUGCCCUUUCUUGCAUGGGCCACCAAACAUGGUCAAUAACAAAGUGGUGCAACCUGUGCAGCCUAAUUCGGUUACCAAGCCUACUAAGAUGGCUUCUGCUGGUCCGGAGAAAUCUAUUCAAGAACCGAAGUUUAUGCAACAGGAAAGUGUCCAAAAUCCAGUUGAGUUUCUACCUCCGCAAGGGAAACAAGUGCCCAGAAUGGCAGCUGCUCCUGCUCCGGCAAGAAAUGGUGGUGGUGGUGGUGGUGGUGGUGCUAUGAAGAAGAAUAUAGCACCGCCUCCUGAGGAGCCUCCUAGGUACAGACCAGCCAGUGUUGUUCCACCUCCUGUCAUGAAUGAAUUCCCACCCAGCAGGUCUAACCAUGGUGUAUACGAGACUCAUUAUGUUUCUGAUAAUGAUGGUAUUCUGAACGGGAAGGAUGUUGACGAAUAUUCAAGGGAGCCUACCCCUGGAUUUGACGUUCUUGUGGACAAUGAGCUUGGCGAUUCUGAAUACUAUCCUAAUGAAGAACAGUUUGGAAGGUCUAGAGGCCAUGAUUUUGAUAUUGGUCGUUCUACUGACUACGAUGUCGAUCGAGAUAUGUAUAGCGAGCGGCGUGAUUAUGACCAUUAUAAUGAUGAAGGAUAUGCAUGGGAGGAUCACAGAACAUCUUCCGAGAGGGUGUUGGGUGAAGCAUCUAACUUUGGAAGGAAGCGUUUUCCAAGAGAUGACAGCCCUGAUCAGUUUGAUAAAUCAGAUUUGCGCCAUCGGAUAUCAAAGCAAAGAAGAGGUAAUGUUGGCGGCGGUCUGCGAUCAGUUGUCAGUAGUGAACAUCUCCGUGACAGCCGUGCCGACAGGAUGCCAAGGACUGACAGCCACCACCACCACUACCACCGCCGCCUGGAUCCUGGUUCUCUUAGCAGCCGGCUUAGAGGAAGAAUAAAGGUUCCGGGAAGGUCAUCUUCACCUGGAAAUGAAAACGAGUUGAUGGUAGAAAGGGAAAUUGACAUGGGAAGGCAGCAUCGGUCCAGAUACUCACCUGGAAGGCCACCACACGUGUCAUCCAACCAUAGCAGGCUUAGAGACAGAAUAAAGGGCAGAUCCAUUGAGGAUUUCAACGACCAUAAGGGUUCUCAUGGGAGACGAGAGAUGGCGUCUGACAAUGGUAACGAGUUUUCAGGACCUAAAAGAUUGUCGGAGCUGAAAAGCGGGGAUGAUCAUCAAUCUCUGGGGAAAAGGAAAUACCCAAGAGUGGAGAGUCCACAAUCGGAUGGCAAUCUAUCAUUUGAAGGGCCAAAGCCGCUAAGUGAGAUUCUGAAGCGGAAAAGAGGAGGCUCUGUCGUUUCUUGUGUGAAUAAUGAAGAUAAUAACUCAAACGGAAAUAAUGAAAAGGGAAAAGACAUCCCAUUGGAGACCAUGGUUCAUAGUAACAAGGAGGAACCAGUGGAAAAGCAAAGCGGUUCAAUGGAUGGUGGGGAUUCGUUGAAUUGUGAUGUGAACGAGCUAGAGAAGAAAGCAGGUUCUGCCGAUGAGGAUGCAAUGCUGGAUCAAGAACUUGAAGCUUAUGAUGGGAGAGAUGGAGAUUAUGAUUAUGAGCAGAUGGAUGGGGAUGGAGAAGAGUACAAUUUGGAGGAGGGUGAGGAAUACUUGGAGGAAGAUGAUGAUGAUGGUGGAAAGAAAGAGAAGGAAGCGUACUCUUAGAAGAGAUUGAAAAAGGCUUGGUUUUGAAUGUUUGUUGGUUCUUAGAUUAAAAUUCUGAUUGUAGUUUGUACAAGUAGAGGGAUGGAUGAUUCUAAAAACUCUUUGUUUUUAGUUUGUAUCUAACUUUUGCAUGGAGAAAUUCCUCCUGCUUCAGCUCAAUAUUCUUCUAUUCGGGUCACAAGUGGUUUUAAC